GCAGAAGACAGGAGUUGAACCGCUUGGUUCAAUGUUUAUCGUGCUCAGUUGUUGUGUAUCUAUCGUCGCUGACGAAUGACAGGAAAAUAUCGGUGUGGUGCCAACUCCGGUUUGUGAAAGAUGCCGAUAGCAACUUGAAACCAAAGCCAAUUAGGAAAAACAAAAACAAUCUAUUCAAUGAAGCAGCACGAGUGAAACUUCAGUCUAAUCUACAACGUUUUCUAAUUAAGUUAAAUUAUAUUUAUGUAAUUUAUCAGUAACCUAAUUUAUUUAUUUAUUUAACUUAUUCAAACUACCAAAAACCCUAAAUUACUUCAAACAACAACUAAGUAUAAAUUUCGUUCAGUUAAACUUCAUCAAACCCGUUCGAGUCAGUAAAUCUAAUUCUUAAAGCGCUAAUUUAUUUCGGUUAAACUACGAUACGAUUAAAAUCAUACAUAAGCCAACCAAAUCAACAAGUCAUUAAAUUUAGAAAUUGUUUAACGAUUUUGCCUAAACAAACGAAAAAACACACGCAAGCAAAAAAAAAAUCAUCCACCAAUCAUAACCAAAACUAAAACAAACAAACGACAGAAAAGUACAAAUUACCCACUAAAACAAAACAAAACGAAAACAAAUCAAGUCACAAAUAAGCGAAAAGCAAAAACAAAUUCAGUGAAAAUAGUUGGAUGAGCAAAACAAACCGACAAUAAGUUGAUUUCAAAAUUGAAAACAAAAACCAAAAAUUUAAAAACCCAAUCAAUAAUAAGCAAAACAAAAGAAAACCGGAAGCACAAGUGGAAGCAGUAUUAUUUAUUGAAAAAGCAAAACAAAACAAAAACCGUAACCGGAAACAAAUCACAAGUACAAAUCGUAAGCAAAAGCCAGAUGAACAAAACGGAAAACAACAAAACAUAAACAAAUCAAUAGCGAAAAAAUAGUCUAGCGCAAAGUUAAGAAAAAAAUAAAACAAAAACACCAGUGUUCAAAUUAUUAUUCGAUCGUAAGUGCAAAUGUUACCUUAAAUCCGUGGAGAAGAAGUUGAAAAACUAGUUGGGAAUAUUUAUUGACGCCGAAGAGUGAGACACUGAGAGACGCUCGCAGAAGGGACAGGGAGCUUAGUGAAAAAUAUACCAAAAAGAAACCCGAAUCGAAGAAGAAAGUUUUAUCAAAUUACCCAGUGUUCAAAAAGCUACCUCUCAGUCUGUGGUGGAAAGAAGAUUUUUUUUAAAAAAGAAGGUGAAAGAGCUUGUGGGGAAAAGAAAACCUAUUGUGCCGGUUUCAAAGUUUGAGCGUCAUCGUGUUUGGUCUAGUCGUGAACGUACUCCAGUUCAAUCUUUGGACGUGGUCCGCCGUGCGCGUGUGAACGUGUGUGUUGUAUUUAUUUCCCGUUUUUUUUUGUUUGUUUUCGAAACAUUUUUGCGAACGUAACUCGAACCCAGUGACUAAGAUGUAGUAGUAUGACAUCGAUGAUGAGCGCAACCACUGCGGAGGAAACUGCCGACCAUAGUUUACCUUCGUUUGCCUCUUUUUCCGCCGAACUGGAGCCCUCAUGGGACUAUUACGACCGUCAAGAACGAUCGAACGGUUCCACAAACGGAGGUGAUGUGAUAUCGUCUCAAGCGAGCAAUAGUAGCUAUACCAGACCUUGGGAAAUGGAUUCCAAGGAUCAGCGUGCCGUCAUCACGAACGGAGGUGGAGGCGGAGGGGGCUUCGAGCCUUUCCCCAAGUUGCCAUCAUUCCAGAGUCAAUUCCACGGUUACACGGAUACCGUAAUGGCUGCCCCGGAACCUAGUCUACCGCAAGUAACGGCCGUCCCGGUGCCAAUCUCUCCGAACGCAGCCUCACCCGGAACGGGUGGAUCUCUAACGCAGCUGACACAGCUAACGCCAACCCCCCUGACGCCGCUCCAAAGUGGCCUCACCCAGAUCGGUGGCUCCAGCUUCCACACGCUGAGUGCCGUCAAUCCCAGACCUUAUCCUAUCGUACCUGCCCCGAUUCAGGCCCGUGAUAUCCCAACGAUCAACCACCAGUACAUCGACGAACGUCACAUUCAGCUGUAUCAGCCCAUCUACGGUUCUCAACCGCAAACCAUUCCCACCGUAACGGUCCUCAAGAACGAGGUCGUUGACUUCGACCUCUCCAGCCUCAAAAAUGGAACGCUGCACCACGCCAACUUCCAGAACCCUCUCCUGGACCAGAACAUCUUCUCCCAGAACGGUGCUCAAAUACAUGCACCUCAGCAACACCAUCCGCACCAUCAACCCCAGCACCAUCCCCAUCACCACCAGCAGCAACACCACCAUCCCCAGCAUCAAACUCAACACCAUCUGCACCAACCGCAGCACAAUCUGGUAACCCCAUCAAUCCAAGAGCACCACAUCACCAACCACUCCAAGCUGAGUAGCUCCACGACCCCGGGCCUGGACAGCUCGACGCCCCAGAUAACCCGGAUCGGUGACAAUCGGAAAAAGGAGCGGCGGAAAAUGCGGGACCCCUCGCUCGAGUCCAGUGCCGACUCCGAGGGCAGUGCAAUGGAAAUCGGCGACAGUGGCAAUCCGGGACAGGUGGCGGCCAUUUCGAGCACCGCCAACUUCAAGAGUCCGAUGCACACCAUGAGCAUGGACACCGACGACAGCGGGAUGCCGGGCGAGAAGCAGACCAAAAAGAAGCGCAAACGCUGUGGCGAGUGCGUUGGCUGCUCCCGCAAGGACAACUGCGGCGACUGUGCUCCCUGCCGGAACGACAAGAGCCACCAGAUCUGUAAAACACGGCGCUGCGAGAAGCUAACCGAGAAAAAGUUCCCGGUCGAAAAGAAGAAAAAAGAAUCGAAGAAAAAGAUUCUGUACGGUCCGGAUGGACAACUGUUGAAGCCGGAAUCGAAGCGAGGUCGCGGCAAGGGCAAGAAGAACAAGGAAAAGGAUGCAACCGCUGCUACCAGUACGAGCGGGGGUGCCACUAAUACCGACGCCAACGGACAGGCCGUAACAUUCGACGCCAACGGGCAACCUGUGCGCGAGGGAAAACGUGGCCGCGGACGAGGGCGUGCUGCCGGGCGCUUAUCGCGUGGGACAGCUUUCACUUUUCGAUUCCGGAAGAAAAAAGUCAGGGAGCCACGUGGUGGCUACUGCCAAGUGUCUACCAACAAAAGAAACCGGCACCGGCAUUCCAGCGUGGCGGCAUCAACAGGGAAGUCAUCGUCCUCGAAUCCCAAUGCCGGUGGUGCUCUAGGUCGACGCGCCGGCAACCCGUCAAAACAUAUGAUCGAAAAUUCGUGGGUUUAUUUCCUGGGUCCGGGUAUGAGGGGCACCUCUUUAACCAGCCAUAUCAACGAUGUCUACGAACGGUUGUUGUCGUCAUCAUCGUAUUAUCGUCUGGUCUGA